GUCAGUGUGCCAUGUGGAAAAGUGUCUGUCAAGAACGUCAAGAAGCUUAACCUGAAACGUUUUGAUUUUGUUGGAACCACUGCAGCUGACAAUGAGUCUUUUACCUCGCACUGCCGAGGAGUUCAGCUCCGCAGAAUACUGGGAGAGGUUUUUUAAGAAACGCGGAGAGAAAGCGUUUGAAUGGUAUGGAGACUACAACAAACUCUGCGGCGUGCUGCAUAAAUACAUCAAAGUGCAAGACAAGGUGUUGGUGGUCGGCUGUGGUAACUCUGAGCUGAGUGAACAGAUGUAUGAUGUUGGCUACAAACAUCUAACUAAUAUUGACAUCAGUGAGACAGUGGUGAACCAUAUGAACCAGAGAAAUGCUGAGCGCCGGCCGGGCCUGACCUUCCAGCAGAUGGAUGCCACACAAACUCCUUAUGAGGAGGCCAGCUAUCAGGCUGCUCUGGACAAGGGCACACUGGAUGCCAUGGCAUCAGAAGAAGAAGGGGCACUGGCCAGGAACAUGCUCACUGAGGUGGCUCGUGUGUUGAGUUUUGGCGGCCGGUAUGUCUGUGUGACAUUGGCUCAGGAGAGUGUCAUCAAGUUAGCUGUAGAUCGUUUUGUGCAGCUGGGGUGGGCUGUGAGGCUUCACUGCCUGCAGGAGGAGAACCGGAGCGUAGAGGACUCCUUUGCUCUGCCUGUCUUUGUUCUGGUCUGCACCAAGUUUCGUCAGCCUAUGCCCAUGCCUAUUCUGGAGAUGUGUCUUGGGGAGGAUGGAGCCCCUACUCGUCUCACACAGGUUUCAGAUUUGUUGUCCGCUGUGAGGGAGCAUCAGGCUUACUCAGUCUUGAAAAAGAGGCUCCGUACAAGCACAGACGCCAGCUCGAACCUCUCACUUACUCUCUCCCACACCAAGACUGGCCUCCCCAGAUACACUCUCACAGUACAAGAUUGUCCUCCAGGUGCCAAGGUGCCAAGAUCAAACCAGUUUGCUAUUUUUAUUGUGCCUCAAGGCAGUGAGACAGCUUGGCUCUACAGCUCCAGUGAGGGGCGAAGGCAGCUAGCAGCCAGUGCUAACUUUCGCCGUCUGGUUAUUGUGGCAAUGCACAGGAAUCAGGAGUACACAGACAUGCAGGAUGUCCAGUCAGAACUGUCACCAAUGGUGAUGGACCUGGCUCCCCCAGGUAUGCCAGCCAACCAGCAGGUGCCGUUUUUGUCUGUUGGAGGAGACCUGGGUUGGCGAGAGGAGGUUAGCAGGGGUGUGAGUGAGCUGAGCGGGGAGUACUGUGUGGAGAAUGUCAAGGGAGAAGACGGAGAACUCUAUCGGAGACUGGUUUUCUUGUCCAAUGCUGCCCUUGUCCAAUCAGAGAGCCGCCUUGUCCCUUCAAAUACUGUCUCUGCAGCAUCAGGUCAAAAGAAGAAAAGCAAAAAGAAGGCCAAGCCAACAACUGCUCCAUCAACAUCCUCCACCUCUCUGUCAGUGGACAGUGGCUUCCUCUGCUGCGCUCACCAUGAAGUUAUGGUGGCUGGCCUCACCAUGCUUGGGGUUGGCACGCCACAAAACAAAGAUGUCCCAGUGUCAGUGCUCCUGGUGGGGCUCGGUGGAGGAGGCCUCCCUCAGUUUCUGCGGGACUUUGUGCCAAAUGUAACUGUUGAGGUUGUAGAACUGGACCCUGUUGUGAUGCAAGUGGCAAAUGAAUGGUUUGGGUUCCGACCAGAUGAUCGCUUGACUGUCACUCUCGGGGACGGCCUCAAACACAUCUGUGCCCUGGAGAAAGAAGGUGGUCGUUUGUUUGAUGUCAUCAUGUUCGAUGUAGACAAUAAGGAUAGCACUGUGGGUAUGAGCUGUCCUCCUGCUGCCUUUGUAGAGACCUCGAUCCUGCAGAAAGUCCGCAGCCUGCUAACCCCCAGAGGUAUAUUCACAUUGAACCUUGUGUGUCGUGACUCAGUAUUGAGGAAAAGCGUGUUGGAGCGUGUAAGUGCCGUGUUUCCCACCAUCAUUUCCCGAAAGAUUGAAGGGGAGGUCAACGAGGUUCUUCUGUGCUCUCAUGGAGAAAAUGGGACAUCGAAAGCUGCCACCAUCCUACCAUCCCUGAACCAAGCAGGCAAAAGUCUGCAGAGCGCACUGUACUCCAACAGGACUGGACCCAACAGCAGCCCACACAUAGACAUUGCAGAGUUGUUAAAAGACCUGAAAAUAGAGUAAAGCUUGCUUGAGACCAAAGUGUGAUGGGAUUUAAGACAAUCUGAGACAAUAUUGUGAAGAUAAUAUUACAAUAAGUGCUUUGACUUUGCCAUUUAGUUCAAUGAAAUGUAUUAUAAUGUUCAUCAAAAACAAGUAAAUAACAUUUUAUCUUAACAUCUAAA